UCUUAUUCGCACCGCCAGUCGAAAAAUUCCCCAAUCUUCUUCCUUCUCUUUUUUUUACUUUGCUAUUCUUCCCUUCCCUUGGAAGAGCGCCGCUUGCGGAGAUUCUCGCGCCCGACAGAUAGUGUCCGUGUUGGUUCAUUGACACGGGCGUCGAUAGCCGAGGCACCAUGGCUGCCUCGUGGAUGUUGGAAGAGUGGAAGGCGUUUCUAGAGGGCAUCGUGGUGGACCCGGCGUACCAUGACAUUUUGUCGCUGCUCAAGACGGCGCGUAACGGCGCAGUCUACGGGACAAAAGUGCGCUUUCCGCACGCGCUGGUGAUGAUCUUCCUCUUCCGGUCCGGAACGUUCCGAGAAAAGGCGUCAUUGGUCUUUCGGGCGACGAAGAAGCACGCCAUGAACCUGGCCAGGUUUGCCUCCAUAUACAAGAUCACGAUGCUGGCGCUGAAACGCUUUGGAUCCACACCAGGCAAAGAGGGCCCCUACGACUCCUUCUUCGCCGGCCUCCUUGGCGGCUACAUCGUCUUCGGCCAGCGCUCCAAGCGCUACGGCAAGAUCUCGUCCGUCAACCAGCAGAUUGUCAUCUACAUCUUCGCUCGCGUCGCCCUGGCCCUAGCACGCAUCGCUAUCAAGCCCGGCCACGGCCUGCCCGUCGUGUCGAAGGAGCCGCUGCAUUCCCAAAUCACCCACUACGCCUGGCCUGCGUUUGCGUCGCUGUCGUGGGGUAUGGUCAUGCUGCUGUUCAAGUACCACCCGGAAGAUCUGCAGUCGAGCCUGCGGAGCAGCAUGACUUAUAUCUACAAGGACUGCGACAACUGGGACUCGCUGAGGACUUUGAUCUGGCAUAACAAAUAGAACACGUGAAGGGGAUCGGAUCUAUUUUAGAGCGUGGUCUUUUCUUGGAUUUAAAUAGGUAUGCUGCCGGCGUUGAUGUGCACUGCCAUUUGUUCAUAAUGGUUUAUUGGAGGGCGUUUUGCUAUAUGGGUGUCUCGAGAGUGGUAUAGCGGCAACAAAUACAUGGCAUGAGACGGAUGAGAGAGAGAGCAUUGGACAGGUGUUGGUCUUGGUCUCGGGAUUCUUUGCAUUAUAUACACUUGAAUGAAUCCUAGUUCACCA